AUGGCUCCGAGUCGCCUAUGGCGCUCAUUCGGGUCUCUGAUUUCUUGGGCGGCGGGGGCCGCGCUGGUUGUGUCGGCAUACGAGGUACCGGUGUCGGACAAGGAUAGCCGACAAGCAUGCAGUGGGAUGUACGGCGGCGACAGCGCGUACAUUAAUGUUACCUUCCAGGGCACAUCCCAGGGGCAGCUAGCCAUGGUCAUGUACGAAUGGUCGGAUUCGAGCUACCUCGGAAAGUACCCUAGCGACGCACUCGACGAACGCAAGGUCUAUAUCUGUACCACAGAUGCACUUAUGGGCGGGUUAUGCGACGGCUCGCAGCUCGGAAGAUUCAUCAUAAACCUACCGCAGGGGAAGUCGAUCAACGAAACUAGCUUCUGGUCGGCCCGCAUUAAUCUAUCAAGCUCCACCCCCAGCUCUAGCUCAACCAGCGGGCUCUGGGACAACCCUGAGGGCAACCCAACACCGCCGCCUGGAAACGGUACAACUGCUUGGAAGACACGAUCUUUGCUGUCGCGUCAAGAUGGUCCAGUCGACGAGCAUGGUCACACCGAAGUCUAUCACUACACGCAGCCCAUUAAGUAUGACGUAAAAAAGACGGGAUUCUAUUGCGUAGCCAUUGUUCCUGUUACUUUGAAAAACUCGGCUCAGGACGAAUCGGGUACCGAUGUACCAUCCCACCCAGUGUACGAAGGCACGAUACUCUUCCGCAACACGUUCGAAGGUAAACUGCCUGCAACGGACUACCCGAAAGUCAAUUUCUAUUUCGCAAUGCUCCUGUUGUACACCACACUCGCAGCUGGCUGGGGUUGGCUCUGUUACCGUCAUGUCAAUGAACUACUUCCUAUGCAGUACUACCUAUCAAGUCUUGUAGGACUUCUUGUGAUUGAAAUGGUCGCCAAUUUCGCGUAUUAUCGAUAUCUCAAUGCACACGGAAAGGGCGCAGCGUCGACGGUGUUUCUCAUAGUUGUUGCCAUCCUGGAUGCCGGAAGAAACUCACUCUCCUUCUUCAUGCUGUUGGUUGUUUCCCUUGGUCUCAGUGUCGUCCGCGAAAGCCUCGGCCGCACUAUGUUGAAAUGCCAACUAUUGGCAGCCGCUCAUUUCAUUUUCGGAAUUUUAUACGCCGUUGGCAUCGUGGAGCUCGAGCUGGAAUCGACAUCUGCUUUUGUUCUUUUGAUUUUCAUUAUCCCGCUAGCGUUUACACUCAGUGGAUUCCUUCUGUGGAUCAUGUAUGCUCUGAACGCGACGAUUACCCAACUUCGCGCCCGGAAGCAACGCUACAAGCUGAAAAUGUUUGAGCGACUCAAUCACAUCCUCAUCAUCAUAGUGAUAGUCAUCGCCAUCUUCUUUGUUGUCUCAUCCAUGUCAUUCUCAGGCCGUAUGGCAGAAGAUUACGCUGCACAGUCCUGGAAAUCCAGAUGGUGGCUACUUGACGGUUGGCUUGCAUUGUUAUAUCUCGUUGGUUUCUCCGCCAUUGCGUAUCUCUGGAGGCCAUCAGAAAACAACAGAAGAUAG